UCGCCGAGUGAGCAGGGGUCUUCCAAAGGAUUGCUUGACCUUGCUCUCGACUCCUCUGGGAGAAAUACUCCUGUCCUGGUGAAAAAGACAAUGAGGAAUCCGAGCCUCAUCUUGAUACUUUCGGUAUGGGAUGUUUUUGCCAGUAUUCAUGAUUGCUGGAAUGAUGAAAAGCUACGGAAAGUGAACGUAGCUCCCGCCCGAGGUGGAGAUGGCGGCGAUCCGGGUCUGAGCAAAUUCUCGAAUUUGGUCAAAUGUUUGUCACAACAGCAAUCCAAAAACCCUGGCAAUCAACUGGAUGACAACUGGGGCAAGUGGUCGAAUGUGGCCAAGGGUCAGUUCCUACCUUCGUGGCAAGGGAACCCCACCAUGGUGCCCUUAGGGAACAAUUGGCCAACUGGGAUGAAAGAAAAUCGUAAUAGGCCGGGAGAGUCCUGGCCCGCUUAUCAGCAGCCCAAACCGGGUGUUCAUCCAGAUGAUUGGGGUAGAUCGCCCAUCGAUUCAAAUGCCGACAGCUCUUGGACAAGGCGAGGUCAACCGGCUGACCCACCCCCCGGCUGGUCCUUUGGGCAAGAGAACCCUAGCACAAAUUUUCAGGAGCGCCCACCCUACCGAGAACGAGAGGAAGUUGACUUCGCACCUGGCCGCAACGAACCCGCAUGGAAUCCUCCUCCUCCAAUAGAACCCAUUCAUGAGAGGGAACGAGAUUAUGUGAUGAUCACCAACGAAGACACCACCGCCCUCUCGCUAAGCCGUAAAUACGGUUAUGCAAUCAUGGUCUUAUCCGUCGUGGUUCUGGCGGUUCUAAUGGUCGCGACCAUCUUUUGCUGUAGUUCUUCCAAUUCGACCAUGAGUCAGCCCGCCAAUCAACAUCAGGUUCCAGUAGGUCCAUUUGACACGUUUUCCAUUUAUUCAUACAAAGGUGGAGGUAUGGGUGGUGGCGGUGGUGUUGGAGCGGGCUUGGACACUCUCCGAUCCACGGGCACUUUGGGAGGAAUGUCUCUUCACACCGAAACGCUCAAAUCUAGUCGCUCAAUGGGCAGUCGAUCGUCCCCCCAAUAUCGAGUGUCUGACAUUGACCCAGAAUUUGCGAGGCGCUUUGAAAAAGAAAACAUUCAUUACUAAUUCGAAACAUAAUCUAUUGACGCUAUUGUGUACAAGUGACAACCGUAUGACCCAGUUUAAUGUUCGUGUAAAAAGCAUGUUAUGCCUCAGGAAUCCUGACAUUCUUCCAAGAAAGUGUUUGAUUCCUCCUAUCCACAUGUUUUCCUAAUAAAGCUCCGAGCUGCCAUUUAAUAUUGGGGCCAGCCACUAAUUCAACGGUUGUUGCUGAUGUUAUUGGCAAUUCUGCAAGUUAGUCCAAAUUGUUGAUGAUCUCAUAUACAAUCACUAGUGGCCGAUUGGACUGCCACAAUCCUUUUGAAAAAUGCUUUUGCAGUGUAUGUAUCUCCAACAUGCUGCGUUUUGAGAAAAAGAACCAAAUCCAUUUUUGUUUUCUUUUU